GCACGUUAAAACUGAUACCCGUCAAUGGGAGACCUCACCUUCUGUGGAUAAGAUUGUCGUCAUGGUCACCAAAUGUGUUUUAAACUUCCUUUCGGAAAUAUAUUCAACAAAAGAACCUCGAAAGCAGAACGGUUCUUUUCUUUUCUUUUUCAAUAUACAGGAAAUAAUCACGUUUGUUUGCAUAUAAUUAUGUUGUAAAACUAACAACAGCAAAAAAAAAAACACUACAAUAACGCGGCAAGUGAAACAGCCAUUUAUUCAUAAGGGAAAUUGCUUGCUGAUAAAUUGUACAUAAUUUUAAUAUUGUGUCAUACACAUCUUCGUUUGUGACUGAUUUAUCAAUUAAGCGCAGUUGACCUUCUUUUUAAAAUGACGUUAUUAAAAUGGUUCUCAGUUAUGAGUUUGAUUAUGUUGGCGUUUUUGACGCCAACGUCGAAACAAGAUUCGUUGGACGUUCAGUUGAAGCCGAUUCCAACGGACGCCACGUACAAAGCCGGCGAAACUGAAUAUGACGACGGCGGAAUGGGACCUCUAAAUAAUUUCGCCCGGAGUUUCAUUAACACAUCUCUUCCCGAAUUCCCGACCAACUUCAUCCAAGACCUGGUAGACAACUUCUCGUUUCCUGACAGUCUUCUAGCGAUUUUAAAAAAGUUCGCUGGGUUCAUAGCCGCCAUAGUUGUGGGUUUCUUGUUUGUGCUUAUCGUGCCCAUUGUCGGCUGCUGUUUCUGCUGCUGUCGCUUGUGUGGAAAUUGUGGCGGGAAACGUCAACAGGAAGUGACGGAUGGCAUGCACUGCACGCGCAGAAUAUUCUCAGCCGUGUUGUUCGGAUGCACCGUAUUCAUAUUGGUUGGUAACAUCUGCACGUACGUGUCUAAUGAUCGCAUGACGACAGCCCUGGACAAGAUAAACGAUAUCGUAGUAAACAACCUGGACGACAUGAACACAUUUGUCGACCUCGUUGUUAAGCAAAUGGAGAUAAUUGGAGAGGAGAAUAUGAACAUUACAAGGGACGCAAUCGUUGAAAUAAUGGAUGCUGCAAAAAUGGCUGAUCAGAUGAGCAAGUUUGUGUUGAAUGAAUUAUCUGGUGGAGCGAUCGACGACAUGUCUGCUCAUACAAAGGAAAUAAUAGCUGCAUUUGAUAAACUUAUCAACGAAACUGAACAAUUGGAUAAAGCAGUUUCCAGUUUAUCGAUUCCACCAGGUACAACCAAUCCGUUUACUGCGAUAAAACAGAACUUUCCUAAAUCAAAAAUAGACAACUUUAAAAAGAACGACACAAUUAGUCAAAUUCUACAAGAUGUUUAA